AUGACUUCGUGCACAAGGAAACGCCGGCGCUCCGCGGUGGCAACUUCGGAUGCUGCCAGUGCCAUGCCGGCGCCCUCUUCUCUCUCUCCAUGGGCGUCGAUCCUUCCUGGAGAUUUGCUUCGCCUGAUAGCGGGGCUUGUUUUGGAGGGCGAUUUCCUGGAUUAUGUUCGCUUCCGUGCCGUCUGCACCGGUUGGCGGUCCGGCACCCUCUGUCCGCGCGGCCGCGGCGUCACCGAUCUGCGCUUCCACCCGCGCCGCUGGAUGAUGCUCACCGAGGGUCACGGCCUCUACCCCGGAUAUGGCAAGCUGGAUGGUUACGUCCGCUUCUUCAAUCUCUACACGGGUACCUUCGUCCGUGUGAAGCUCCCGUUGUUCAGAAAUCACUGCGCACUUGACAGUGUCGACGGCCUCCUCCUACUCCAAAGGGACGAAGACACCGUCAUCUGUGUCCUCCACCCUUUCACUGGCGACAUUGCAGAGCUCCCACCACUGUCCACCCUCCUCACUCAGCUGGAUGGUGAUCGCAACCAAGUACCUGAGUGUGAGAAGUGGUUCUUCAUCAGAUACAAUAUAUGUGCUUCAGUUUCCUGCAAUGCUGGGAUCAUCUCCGUCAUGCUUGCAUCCCAUUAUCAGUCUCGUGUAGCCUUUGCUACCUCGCAGGACAGGCAUUGGACUGUGACAAGCUGGAAGUCAAGUCAGUGA